AUGACUAUAGCUCUGGGUACAGAAACGCUUUAUCUAGCAUAUGUUAAUCAUGCUUGUGGAAUGUUUAAAAUUGCUAGUUAUCGAUUACAACAUGCUUAUGAUCAAAAUAUUCUGCAACUCUCUCCUUUUGUGAAAAAUACAAUGAUUCAUAAAAAGAUAGUCGCAGCAAUAAAGAUGCAUAAGAGAGCUCUUGAGUUGAUUAAAGAAUUUCGAGAUCAUGUUCGAAAUAACUGGAGUCUUUUAGCAGAUAAUUAUGAGAUCGAAAUAAUGUCUAAACAGGGAAGCAUUGGAAAAUUAUUUACGAUACUUAUAAUAAUAUUGGUUUAUAUCAUAAUUGUCUUCUUCAUUUUAACACAAUAUAUUUCAAUCUUACUCGAUAUUGUAAUACCUUUAAAUGAAUCUCGUCCGCGCAAAUUUUUAUUUCCAAUAGAAUACUUUAUUGAUCAGCAGAAAUACUUUUAUAUUAUAACAAUACACAUAGCUAUAGGAUUAUCUUGUAUAGCCACCAGUGGUGUAGCUACCGAAUCAUUCUCAUUAGCAAAUGCAUUACAUGCUUUUGGAUUAUUUAAAAUUGCUAGUUAUCGUAUGAAAUACAUAUUAAGUGACAUUAAUCCACAGAUGCAUACAGCAAAAAAAUAUGCCAUGUCUCGUAAUAGAAUAAUCGCUGCAGUGGACUUCCAUAGAAAAGCGAUCGAAUUUUCUGAAUUAUUAAAAACAAGUUUUGGAAAAAUGUAUUUGGUCUUAUUUGUGGCGUGUGUGUGUUCGGCCAGCAUCAAUUUAUUUAAUUUAUCCCGAAUAAUAACAAUGGAAAAAGAAAUAGUGGAAGUUAUUAUAUCUGUCUUAUUUAUAUUUCUACAUAUUGUGUAUUUAACUCUAGCUAAUUAUGCUGGACAAGAAUUUAUAAAUUAUGAUACGGAUUUCUAUCGUACAAUAUGUAAUACGAAAUGGUACAACGCCCCGUUAAAAACUCAAAAACUAUUACUUUUUUUGAUACAAAAAACCACGAAAUGUUAUAAAGUUGAUGCCGGUGGUAUGUUUAGCCCCUGCUUAGAAGGUUUGGCCACAGGUUUAAGUAUGUCGGUUUCUUAUUUUAUGGUUCUUCGCUCUGCAUAGUCAUAAUA